UACAACUUGAUUGUUAAGAUGGGAGAUGGCGCCUUCUCCAACGUAUACAAGGCACAAGAUAAGGAGACUGGUCAAACAGUCGCCGUCAAGGUUGUUCGCAAAUACGAGCUCAGUUCCUCACAGGUAAGACAAAACUCUAGGAACUCUUUUUUGAUGUCCCAAAACCCAAUUGGGAACCAAGAGCCAACCUCGCAUAGGGCAACUCUCACCUGCAUCCAAACAUCAAGAAAAAGGCACCAAAAGGAAUCGAGGUACGCUUGCCGAACCCCUCGAGUUCCUUUUCCAUUGAUGGACACUAACCAGACUACUAGCGAGCCAACAUUUUGAAAGAGGUACAGAUCAUGCGGAACCUCGACCAUCCGAAUGUCGUCAAGCUUUUGGAAUUUUUGGAAUCGAG